GCUUUUGAAUUAUAUUUCAGAUGGGAAAUUGUUGUCAGAUGAUGUGACUCAUUAUGUUGUCCCUGACUGGAAGAUUGUCCAAGAUUACCUUGAGAUCCUUGAGCUUCCAGAGCUAAAGGGGAUUAUUUUCAUGCAAACAGCAUGUCAAGCUGUGCAGCAUCAAAGGGGUCGCAGACAGUACAACAAAUUGCGAAAUCUAGUGAAGGAUGCCCGUAAUGACUGUAUUCUGUUUGCUAAUGAAUUCCAGCAGUAUUGUUAUCUGCCGAGAGAGAGGGGAGAAUCAAUGGAGAAAUGGCAGACCAGGAGUAUCUACAAUGCAGCAGUAUGGUAUUAUAACCACUGCUUGGGUCAGCUGCCAGUAGUUAUGGUAACAGAAGAUGAAGAUGGUAUCAGAGAAUAUGGAGGUGAAACAGAAGGAGUGUUUGUGAUUUCAUUCAAGAAUUACUUGGAUAAUUUUUGGCCUGACUUAAAGGCUGUCCAUGAACUCUUUGAUUCCAUACUUCAAUCUCGGCGUGAACGAGAGAGUGAAAGCCAAGAAAAAAAUGGGAAGGAAUACUCUGAACAUCUUCCUGUGGAAGUACUGGAGGCUGGAAUCAAAUCUGGAAGAUAUAUACAGGGUGUCCUGAAUGUCAAUAAGCACAGAGCACAAAUAGAAGCUUUUGUUCGACUUCAAGGAGCUAGCAGUAAAGAAACAGAUCUCCAAAGCGAUAUACUUAUUCAUGGUACCAAAGCUCGGAACCGUGCAAUCCAUGGUGAUGUAGUAGCUGUAGAGUUGUUACUCCAGAAUGAAUGGAAAGGAAGAACUGCUGCCCUUUGUGAAAAUGAUACGGAAGAAAAGGCACCAGGUGAAACCUCCAGUGAACCUAUGCCCACAGGCAGAGUUGUUGGAAUCAUUCAGAAGAAUUGGCGAGAUUAUGUGGUCACUUUUCCAUCGAUGGAAGAGAGUCAAUCUCAGGGUAAAAAUGCCCAGAAAAUCCUUGUUACACCUUGGGAUUAUAGAAUUCCCAAAAUCAGGAUCAGUACGCAGCAAGCUGAAGCAUUACAGAACUGUAGAGUUGUUGUGCGAAUUGAUUCUUGGGAGUCAACAUCCGUGUAUCCAAAUGGACAUUUUGUACGAGUUUUAGGGCGGAUAGGAGAUCUUGAAGGGGAGACCGCAGCAAUUCUGGUGGAGAACGGCAUUUCUGUUGCUCCUUUCUCAGAAGCCCAGAUGUGUGAGAUGCCUUUCAGUACCCCAGAGAAUCCAUGGAAGGUGAAUCCAGAGGAGGAAUUAAAACGCAUAGACUUGAGGGAUACACAUUUAGUAUUCAGCAUUGACCCCAAAGGCUGUGAAGAUGUGGAUGAUGCCCUGUCCAUUAGAGAAUUAGCCAAUGGGAACCUGGAGCUAGGUGUCCAUAUUGCAGACGUAACCCAUUUUGUGGCAGUAAAUUCUUACACUGACAUUGAAGCCAGAGCAAGGGCAACAACGUAUUAUUUAGCUGAUCGUCGUUAUGAUAUGCUGCCUUCCAUCCUGAGUGCUGACUUGUGCUCUCUUCUUAGCAGAGUUGACAGGUAUGCUGUCAGUGUCAUGUGGGAGCUAGAUAAAAAUUCCUAUGAAAUCCUGAGAGUCUGGUACAACAGAACCAUCAUUCAGUCUUCAUACAAACUGGUCUACGAGGUAGCACAGGGGUUAUUAGAUGGUGACCUAAGUGUAGUUGAUGAUAUCCUGGAACUCAAAGAACUGGAUGAGAGAACUAGACAGCAGAAGCUGGAAGUGCUGGUCUGGGCAAUAGGAAAACUGACUGAUGUAGCUCGACAUGUUCGGGCUAAACGCGACAGCUGUGGUGCUCUAGAGCUGGAAGGAGUGGAAGUAAGAGUACAGCUGGAUGAUAAAAAGAACAUUCAUGAUCUCAUCCCUAAACAGCCACUAGAGGUGCACGAGACUGUAGCUGAAUGUAUGAUCCUUGCCAACCACUGGGUGGCGAAGAUGAUUUGGGAGAACUUUCCUCACCACGCCUUGCUGCGCCGACAUCCUCCACCGCGGCAAGAGUUUUUUGCUGAGCUCCGAGAAUGCGCCAGUGCCAAAGGCUUUUCCAUAGACACACGGUCUAAUAAAGCACUGGCUGAUUCUCUGGAUAAAGCAGAAGAUCCCUUAGAUCCAAUUGUGAAUAAACUACUGCGGUCCAUGGCUACUCAGGCAAUGUCUAAUGCACUGUACUUCUCAAGUGGCUCUUGUCCUGAAGAAGAGUUCCAUCAUUAUGGACUGGCCCUAGAUAAAUAUACGCAUUUUACUUCUCCUAUUAGAAGAUAUGCUGAUAUUGUCGUCCACAGACUGCUAAUGGUUGCCACUUUAAAAGAUACUGAAGUAAAUGCUACAGUUAAUUUGUUCAGCAACAAAGAUCUUGAGGAAUUGUGUAGACACAUCAACAACAGAAACAGGGCUGCACAACAUGUCCAGAAACAGUCUACGGAGCUUUUCCAGUGUAUGUAUUUCAAAGAAAAAGUCCCUGAAACAGAUGAGCGCUGUACAGCAGAUGGUGUUGUUUACUCCAUUCGAACAAAUGGUGUACUUGUUUUUGUACCAAGGUAUGGCAUUAAAGGUGCUGCUUAUCUAAAAAACAAAGAGGGUUUGGUCAUCUCUUUUCAGUCUGAUGGCUCUUGUAUGUGGAAACCGGGUUCUCUCCUCCACUGUCAGAACAGAAUUAUUUCUACUACAGCUGAUGGAGAAUUUGUUACAUUGAGUCUGUUUGACCAUAUAACAGUAAAAAUAUCUGUGCAGACUUCACACUGCCACCCUGCCACCAUCAAGCUUGAAAUAAUUAGCAACACACCUUACAAGCGUGAAGCUACAGAACUCUACCAGAAGAAUUCUCAUAUAAUGAAAACUGACUUAAUAAAAGAAGUAACUAGAUCGGCAGAGGAAGCUCAGCUUGCGCAGGAAAAGAACACAGUUCAAGUAAUUCAGGAAGAAUAUCAGGAGUAUUGCCAAACAAAGGGAGUUAACUUGUACCAGCUGCUUGAGGAAAUUAAGGAGUUAGCUCUACUAGAUGUAUCAGCAGAUAACCACACAUAAAGUACUAGUUGGUUCUGCUCUACUGAAGCAGCUUUCCACAAUUUUAAAUCUUGUUUUAAAAACUGAUGUAAACGUUUUUAAUGUUUUCUGCUUUUGCUAAUGUGAACUGUACCUUAACUGCAAUUUAACACUGAUUUUUACAGGAUGAGAUAAACUAGUUCUAUUUAAGAUGUUUUAUAUGUGGCCAACUACUGUAUUCUUCUGGAAAGACUACAGAUUGUAUUGUGGUGACCUCCUUAAAGAUUUAUUUUUUAAAAAA